AUGGCAGACAAGGUCAAGAUCGCGCUCAUACAAAUGCACCCCAAGGUCGUCGCGCCAGAUGAGAACUUCGCCAAGGCAGAGUCGUACAUCCGCUCCGCCGCGUCCCAGGGCUGCUCGCUUGCCGUCCUGCCCGAGUACCAUCUCACAUCAUGGGUCCCCGACCACCCCCAGUUCGUGUCGAGCUGCGCGCAAUCCGGGGUCUACCUGGACAAGUACCGGGCGCUGGCUAGAGACCUCGGCAUCUCCAUCGUGCCGGGAACCAUUAUCGAGCUCGACGGCGAGGAGGGCGACGACGACCUCGAUCUCCUCAACGUCGCGUACUUUAUCGGCCCGGACGGCGGAGUGCUCGGGCAGUACACGAAGAAGAACCUGUGGCACAACGAACGGCCGCACCUCACCAAGGGCCCGGAACCGCACGGCGCCUUUGACACGCCGCUGGGGAGGGCGGGGAUGCUGGUGUGCUGGGACCUGGCGUUCCCCGAAGCGUUCCGGGAGCUCAUCCGCGAUGGGGCGCGGGUCAUUGUGUGCCCCGCCUUCUGGCUCGCGGACGAGUAUAAGCGCAAGGGUGGAGACGGGGGCGUGCAAGUGGUGAACCGGGACUCGGAGAGAGUGUUUCUGGAGAAUGUGAUGGUGGCACGGGCGUUUGAGAACACUGCCGCCGUGGUCCUCGUCAACGCAGGCGGGCCCGUGGGCGGGGGCGGGGUCGAAGUCCGAGAGGGCGGUGCGCGGGUGCGGUAUUGUGGCGUUAGCCAGGUCGCAAUGCCGCUCAUUGGGCCGCAAGGGAAGUUGGGCGCCGAAGAGGCGAUGGAAGUCGUCGAGGUUGACCUUGGGCUGUUGGACGUUGCCGAGGGGGCGUAUAAGGUGAGAGAGGACAUGAGGAAGGAGGGGUGGCAUUAUGGGUAUUCGAUUGUGAAGGAGUAA